UAGAUAUGGAGUAAACCACUAAUGGAAACACGGUGAGGAGGAGAGGAUAUUAUUAUGGCGGACCCAGAGCUAUCUACACAGAGUGGGGGCUAUGAUGCGGAGCUGUUUCUGGACACUCCAGACUAUGAUCUGAUCUGCACUAUAUGUCAGGGGGUCCUCAGGUGUCCGGUCAGAGCGGCAUGCCAACACAUCUUCUGCAAGAAAUGCAUCUUACAGUGGCUCAAAAGACAGGAGACCUGUCCCUGCUGCAGAAAGCCUGUCAACCCGAGCUUGAUCUUUGUCAUGUUCAAGCUGAGCAAAGCUAUUGGACGCAUGAAAAUUAAGUGUAAGAAUGACAUCCGUGGCUGUGCAGAGACCUUCCCCCUCUCAGAGCAGUACUGCCACAAUAUGAGCUGUCAGUAUGAGCUCAUCUCUUGUCCAUAUCAAGGAUGCCGGGCACAGCUUCUGCGCAGGGACUUGGACACCCAUGCUCGCCACUGCGAGCACUGGCGUCAACCCUGCCACAUGGGCUGUGGGACGAUUCUCUCCCACCGCACACAGUCUCAACACAACUGCUACAAGCAGCUGAAGCAGGAGUACGAAGCCAGGCAGAGGAGCCACAGGGCCAUCGCUACUGCCCUGCAGAAGAAGAUGAGAAGGAUGCAGAGCACCAUGGCCCACAUGAAGAGGCAGAUAGGGCUGAUCUGUGACAGCCUGGAGGUGAUGGAUGAUCUGCAAGAGGCAGAAGAAGAGGAACUUGGAGAGAGCAGUAGCAGCUCCAGUGGGACUUCAGGUAGCAACACAUAGGCAGCUGCUAGAAGGACAAGUCAAACGUACUGCUACUGCUUCCUUAAUGCUGUGUGGAACUUUAUCUAUUUAAGGGUGUUUGAGUGGAUUUGUUACCAUUUUGUGUUGUAGUUUUUGAUAUUUUGUAAAUAAAAUGUUCAUUAUCACACUA